AUGGCGGAAGAAGUAAUCAUUGAGCUUAAAAACAAGCCACCUAUAGAUACUACUACAUAUCAAGCAAGUACUUCUGCCGGAGGUGGUAAUGUUAAAAUUACCGUCGAAAGAACCACUCACCCUCUUGGAUCUGACUUCCUCAAGUAUGAGCAUACUCUACAGACUAAAGGAGAGUUUAUAUUAAAGGAAAUCCAGGAUAAUGGUGGCAAAAUCGAUGUUAUUGGACUUAAAGAUGUUCCUAGGGUAACCUCAGUUUCCGCUUAUUACUGGAGCCAUGAAAAUGGUACUCAGAUACCUAGUAAGGCUCUCUUGGUACAAGUCACCACCACUGAUCCUAAGGUAACCAAGUACUAUGCCAAUAGAAAGAAUGAUGGUGGUGGUAAUGAGUGGGUUGGACUCUGUCAACUUUCUCAACCUAAUCUCAUCCCCGGUGGCAUUGAAAGGAACUAG